UUGACAAUCACAGAGACAUUAUAUUGUUCUCUUUGGAAGGACGUACUCGACAUCACCAGACGAAACGAAGUGAAAUGACUCAGUGAGACAGAAAAGAAAGCACAGUUACAACGAUGUCGUUAGACAAAGCAUUGGGCGACAUGUUACUUGUCGUCACAGCUAUUUUAGCAUUAACAGUAACCACUAUUCAAGCCUAUUGUUCCCAACCACUUCCACCGCAAAAUGGACACGUGUCUUCACUCCCCGGACCAAUCCGCGAAGGAAGCAUUUCAAGGAUUUUCUGUAACACGCAUUACAAGAUCAGCGGCACAGAUGACACAAUGAGAGCUAUCAGAUGCUUGCCUGGCGGGGUAUGGGAGGCGUAUCCUCAAUGUCAGGCGAAAGUCACGUGCCCCACUCUACCACCGAAGGCAGGGGGUACCUGGAUACUGACUGGCCGCGGCCCAGGCGACCGAUACAGUGUGACCCGAGCAAGAGCAGCCUUUCAGUGCAACCCAGGACACUUCUUUGCAGGCCCGAGAAAUAACUCGGUUCCACAACAGAUCGUAGUGCACUGCGGCAAUGAUCUUCAAUGGGCUGGGCGUUGGACCCGGCGCAUGAACAUGCCAGGAUUCCGAUGUUUGGCCAGAGUAGACUGCAACCGUGAUCUGAAAGACAUCGCCCACGGGACCCGUAGUGGAUCGUGCUGUGCUAACAACAAUACAAUCACGUACAGUUGUAACAGAGGCUAUCACCUCAUAGGCAGGAAGGCAAUCACUUGCAUUAACGGGAACUGGAACAGCCAAGAACCAAACUGUACUUCUUCGCCAGCAUGUUCAAAACCCCUCCCCGUCGUUGGGACACUUGCGAGAUAUCCUACUGAAAGUACGAAAUUUGAACCUGGGACGAGAGCGGUGUUUUCCUGCAGCCCCGGCUACUUCUUCAGGAAGAUUGAGACCGAAGUGGCGUCCGAGUCUGCAGAUAACUACGAUUAUGGCGGAGAAGACACACAGAUCGAGAUUACCUUUGAUAUCCUCCACAGAAGACUUAAUUGUAUGGGUCCGAAUUGGAGUGGUCCCACACCAACCUGCAAUGCAUUUACAUGCCCCAUUCCAACUGUACAAAACGGUAAAUGGAAUACUGAGCAACCUCAAAUCAAGCAUGGAGAGGCCAUAACCAUAACCUGCGACCCAGGUUACCUUGCACUCGGACAUCAAUCAAUUAAGUGCAGUAUGGAUAGGGCUAAUGACAAAGAUGGCUGGAAUUUGGACCCACCCUCGUGCAGAGAGAUAAGAUGCGCCCGACCCGCGAGACCAGAAAGAGGAAUCGUACAAUUCAUGAACCGCACUAACAAGAAUGGAAUAGGGGCAGUGAUCAAGAUCAGUUGUAACCGUCACUUCGAGUUAGAUGGUUCUCAAACACGGAAAUGUAUGAGGAAUGGCCGGUGGUCAGGGAAAGAUGCGACAUGCCAGCCCACGCGCGCCCAAGAUCUUUCACACUGUCCCAUUCCCGUGCUACCAUACGCAGCAAGGAAAUUUGGCGAUAGUUACAACAGAGGUGAUUCGGUCAUUUACAAAUGUCACAACCUGUUCAUAGCCCGGGGACCAACAAAUCUUACAUGUAAUGAUAAAGGCCAAUGGGAACCACCUGGGCUGCCGAGGUGCGAAGGAUUGUACAGUUUCGACGACCCCGAACAACUGGCGGGGAACUUCGGUCUGUUGUUCGACGAGAUGAACAAAACAGAUGAGUACCUGGAUACGAGAGGGAGGCGGAUCGAUCUGAACGCGCCAGAUGGAAUGGACAUCACUUUUUUAAUCGAUUCCUCUGGCAGCAUUACACAACAGGAGUUUAAUGAUGCCAUCAAUUUCGUCAAGCUUUUCGUAGAGAAGAUCGGUGUAUCAAGAAGAGAUGAUGGAGCGCGAAUUGCAGUCGCAUCAUUUGCUGCGAACCCUGUCAAGGACUUUCAGGAAAAUAAUGGGUUUAAUGCCAAUCCACCAAAAACUGUGGAGUUGGUAAAAGCUCUGCUAUCCCGGCUUCAGUACAAAAGUGGCGAUACAAACAUCACAGGAGCACUGGCACAAUUCAAAGAGAACAUGCUGCCCUUAAAUCUUCGAAUCAGAGAAAAUGCAAAACAGUACUUAUUCAUUUUGUCAGAUGGGAAAUACAACCGGGGAGGAAGUCCUAUAAAAACAGCCCAGCAACUCCGUGGGGAGCCGUUUAAAGUCGAAAUCUUCGCAGUAAAGAUAGGGAAUGAAAAAGAGGCAGCAGAGGCCAAGGUGAACACACAAGUUCUCAUCGAUUUGUCGUCCGAGAAAGAUAUGAAUGUCGAUCUGACAGAUCCACAUUACUUUCAUCUGCAAACCUAUGCAACUUUCGACUUUUUGGUACAGAAGCUGCUUAACGGAAGUAUCGACUACAGUGAAUGUGGUAUCGCUGGUAAGACGGGCAUCACUAUUGGUAACAUUAUUGGAGGGAAACUCGCCAAACCUCGGGCCUGGCCAUGGAUGGUUGCAGUGAGAGAGAGUAAGGCAAAUGACGCGGGCGUGAAACAACACAAGCAAGUUUGUGGUGGGACGGUACUGGAUGAUGAAUGGAUUCUGACUGCAGCACAUUGCUUUCAAGGGGACACCUACGAUAAUCCGCGCAGGGUGAUGGUCAAAAUAGGUGCAAACAACAUGACGCAGUUGCACGAGAACGAUCCAAAAUUCGUGCAUGAUGUCAGGGUGCGAUCUAUGCAUAUUCAUGGAGGAUGGAUUGUCAAUGAAGAGCAUAAAAAGCUAGACGACAACUGGGCGAAUGACAUUGCAUUGCUGCGUCUCGCAGAAAAAAUAAAAUUUUCCCAGAGCGUCCGACCAAUCUGCCUGAUACCUAAAGACACCCUCGAUAAAGAUAUCCAGGAUAAGAAUGCGGUGGUUGCCGGCUGGGGAAAAGUUGGGAACGAGAGCUUGACGGAUGAAGAGUUAGGUAGACUAAAGUCAUCAGAGGAACUGAGACAAGUCAGGCUCCCUGUGGUCACCCAGGCUGAGAAUAUAAACCGGUGUUACAACAAAUAUCCAGCUGAGAAAGUAAUAUGUGCAGGCAGCGAUAUUGCUGUGAUUGACUCUUGCAGAGGAGACAGCGGUGGUCCGCUGAUGAUUGAGUUGGGGUCCGAAAACAACAAGCCACGUUGGAACCAAAUAGGCAUUGUUUCUAACGGAUUUGGCUGCGCUCAGCUGGACGAGGGCGUCCCCUACGGAAGAUACACAGACGUGAGAAAGUACCGAGACUGGAUCGAAGCCACAAUGCGAAAUGCAGGGCCAUAAAAUUGACGUCCUGGCACCUGCGCAUUUUGGGACUAAGUGGUCUCCAGACUGAGAGUGUGCUGCAGCUCAUAUAUGAACUAAAAGACUGACAUGACUGAGAGAAUCUGUGGUCAUGCCUGCUGUUAUAGCAAAUCAAAGGUACGAGGAGGAUGUGAGUUUGAGUGGGAUAUGGAAUGAUGCCCCAGAUCGCAAAUAAACCCCGCCAUCAAUACCACACCCUGUGCUUCCCUCUAAUGAGUAAUACUAAGAUGCUUCACAUAGGGUCACUGCUCUGCCAAGUAGCUAAAAUAUAUCCAGAAAUUUACUCCCGGUGUGUACAGAUCCCCGUCCACUACCUAGUGUGUCAGUAGGAAUUAACCUGCAACUGUUACAGAGUACAGCUGGUUGGCGGAAUAUGGUGUGUUAAGUGAUAUAAACCAGCAACUAAAUCUUGAUCUGAAAGUUGAGGUACAACGAGCCAAAAGAUGCUUUUUACUCAGUAGAGAUGACCGUGCGAUGUAAGCACGAGAAUUAAGGAUUUCAGGUACACUUUUUGACCAUUUCGUUAAAAUGGGUAAAACCCAAUAAAGCUAACGAAAAAUACACUGGGUCAGCCAAGCUAAAUGUUUAUCACUCACUCAUUGACCAUAUUUCUAUAUCCCUAUAUUUCUCAUAUACUCAAGCCAGUUGUCUUUGCUUUGAACCUUCUUGCAGCUAUUAAAUAUUGCUUUUUGCUUAUUUUCAUCGACGUCAAUCGUCACCUAUUGUAAUGUUCAAUUUUGCACCAAAUAAAUGAUGACGAUAA